AUAGCUCCAGCUGAAUCUGCAAUCGAGUACAAGACAGUGGUCUUCACAGGGGGCUUACAUGGUGAUAAAUCUGCUUACCAGGGACACUCUGACGAAGUCAAUGAGAGAUGGAAUAGUCUUUUCAAUGACAUUGGCAUAUCUCAGAUUCCAGCGGCCAUGGCAGCUCGACUUCCCAAUGCCACAACACCAACUGCCCACGACCCGAACCUAUACAUGGUUGAACUAGACGUCUUCCAUCAACUUCAUUGUCUUAAUUUCAUGCGCAAGAUUGUUUAUCCAGAGGUCUUCAAAAUAGAUCUAACAUCUGGCUCGGAAGAGGCCGAGGACAAUAUCUAUCAUCUUGAGCAUUGCUACGAUCAGCUAAGGCAGUCCAUCCAAUGCGCAUCAGAUGUAGGUACUAUCUACUGGGAGUGGAGUGAACAGAAGCAGAAGAUGUUUGGGAAUCUACGAACAACACAUACGUGCAGGGAUUUUGAGAAAAUUAGAGAAUGGGCCGCUCGGCAUAGAUUAGAUGAGACUUUUGAUCAGUUUCACAAGGUUGAAGGGGCACCAAUUCGACAAUCAAAGUAG